AUGGCAGGGGCGCGCAGGCUGCUCUAUCUGUGGCUGGGCUGCUUCUGCGUGAGCCUAGCGCCGGGAGAGAAACUCAAACAGCAUUUCCCAGAGCUUCGCGAUCCUGUGCCUGGCGACCGCAAGGCAGGUGGUGGCUCCAGUCCGGAGCUGCAGCCGCGCGACAAGGUGUCUGAGCACAUGCUGCGGCUCUAUGACAGGUAUAGCGGCGGCGGAAGGACCCAAGCGGCGCGGAUGCUGGGCUCCACGGUACGGAGCUCCCGGUCCCAGCGUCCCCAACCUCUGCCAGAAGGCAAUACAGUUCGAAGUUACAGAGCGGGAGCAGCAGGAACCCUGGGAAACAAGGGACUGCAUAUUUUCAACCUAACCUCUCUAACCAAGUCUGAAAACAUUUUGUCUGCCACACUGUAUUUCUAUAUCGGUGAGCUAAUAAACAUCAGUCUGGGUUGUCCAUCAUCCCCAGGAUGCUCAUACCACACUCAGAGGAAACACAUUCAGAUUGAUCUCUCUGCAUGGAUCCUCCACUCCAACAGAAAUCAAAGUCGACUUCUAGGUCACCUUUCCAUAAAUGUAGCCAAACCUCAUCGAGAUAUCAUGACGUGGCUAUCUAAAGAUAUCACUCAAUUCUUAAGGAAAAUCAAGGAGAAUGAAGAGUUUCUAAUAGGAUUUAAUAUAACUUCCAGAGGACACCAGCUUUCAAAGGGGAUGUCACCCCUCCCUGAGCCUUAUAUCUUGGUGUAUGCCAAUGAUGCUGCCAUUUCUGAGCCAGAGAGUGUAGUAUCGAGCUUACAGGGACACCGGAGUUUUCCCACCAGGGCUUUGCCCCAACUGGAUAGCCACAUUAAGGCUGCUCUUUCAAUACAACGGAGGAAGAAACGUUCCACUGGGGUCUUGCUGCCUCUGCAGAACAAUGAGCUUCCUGGUGCAGAAUAUCAGUAUAAGGAGGAUGGGGUCUGGGAGGAGAGAAAGCCUUACAAAACCCUUCAGACUCAGCCUCCUGAGAAGAGUAAGACCAAAAAGAAACAGAGAAAGGGACCUCACCAGAAAAGUCAGACACUCCAGUUUGAUGAGCAGACUCUGAAGAAGGCAAGAAGAAAGCAAUGGAUUGAACCUCGGAAUUGUGCCAGGCGAUACCUUAAAGUCGACUUUGCAGAUAUUGGCUGGAGUGAGUGGAUUAUCUCUCCCAAGUCAUUUGAUGCUUAUUAUUGUUCUGGAGCAUGCCAGUUCCCCAUGCCAAAGUCUUUGAAGCCGUCAAAUCAUGCUACCAUCCAGAGUAUAGUGAGAGCUGUGGGUGUCGUUCCUGGGAUUCCUGAGCCUUGCUGUGUGCCGGAAAAGAUGUCCUCACUCAGUAUCUUAUUCUUUGAUGAGAAUAAGAAUGUGGUGCUUAAAGUAUAUCCCAAUAUGACAGUAGAGUCUUGUGCUUGCAGAUAACCUCUCCGAGAACUCAUGUGAAUGCUUAAAUCAAU